AUGAGCAGUAUUUCUGAAUAUUUACAAAGCAUUCAUUGUAUGGACAGGAUGUUGUGGUUACAACUGUACCUAAUUCUCCUAGCAGAUGUGUUUCUUGGCUCGCAAGCAAUUGAAGAGCAAGUUUUUGUUACCCAGCCAGAAAAUUUAUCAGUAGUAGAAGGUGCCACUGCCAUCUUGAAGUGUAAAGUCAAGAAUAAGCAAGGAAUAUUGCAAUGGACACGUAACGACUUUGCUCUUGGCAAGGAUCGUAAUCUUCCUAGUUUUGAGAGAUAUUCUAUGGUUGGAAAUGAUAAUGCUAUGGAAUAUAACCUUAGAAUUGUAAAUGCCAGCAUGGAAGAUGAUGCAUUAUACCAAUGCCAGGUAACCCCAACUAAAGAUGUUGCUGGUAUCCGAAGUAAUACUGUCAGACUCACAGUCUUAUUUCGUCCAGACCAACCUCAGAUACUUGAAGCUCCAAUUGCUCCAGUCAUACUGGGAGAACCAACUAAUAUCACCUGUGAAGCAAAAAAUGGCAAACCAGCUGCAAAGAUAUCUUGGUAUCUUAAUGGCCAAAUGAUGAACAGGAAACUGUAUUCAACUGAAGUCCGAAGAAAAAAGAAUAAGCUUGUCGAUAGUAUUGGCCAUGUUUUGCUAGUACCAAAGAGUGAGGAUUCUGGAAAGAUUUUAGAGUGCUAUGCCAUUAAUGAAGCACUAACUCGGCCACACAAAACUAGUGUCAAGUUAGAUGUUCAAUAUCCCCCAGAUAUUGUGAUGCAGAUCAAUGUAACAGAGAAAAUACAAGAAGGAAUGAAUGUACAGUUGACCUGUAAUGGAUUUGCUAAUCCUCAGCACAUCAGAUGGAAGUGGUAUCGUAAUGGUAAGCAUUUAUCUAAGCAGACUGGCAAUACUCUUAAUUUACCGUCCAUCUCACAUGUGUAUAACACUAACACAAUUACCUGUGAAGCCAGUAAUGCAGUGGGCAGUACACGCAAGGAAAAGAAGCUGAAUAUAGAGUAUGGUCCUCGCUUCAUCACCACCACUAGUCAUGUAGCUGUAGACCUGGAAGAGAAUGCUAAACUGAAGUGUGAGGCCGAGGGAAACCCUCAACCAAGCAUCAUCUGGCGCAAAAAGGACUCUCACCAUAUCUUGGGGAGUGGCUCAACACUAGAGCUCAGGCAGGUGCAAAAAGCUGACCUGGGCACCUACUGCUGCACUGCGACAGUAGUAGGAUUUAAUGAAAUUAGUAGAGAUGUGUUCCUUCUCAAAAAUGGUCCCCCACAAAUCAUGAGUGAAAAGCAACUCUAUACACGAAAAGAUGAGACGGCCCGUAUAGAAUGCAUAGCUAUAUCCGUCCCCAAACCUGUUAAUAUGUACUGGAUGAGAAAUGGUAAAGCUAUUGACUACCCAAGCUCUGAGCGGUUCUCAGCCAGUGAUGAGGAACUGCCUUAUGGUAUGAAGAGUACUCUGCAGAUCAAGAACGUCCACGCUGAGGACUUUGGCAGCUACAACUGCAGCGUAACCAACAAAUAUGGCGAGGACACGGCCGUUAUUACCUUAUUGGAGGAAGAGGUCUUACCAAUGCCGUAUAUCAUUGGUGGCGCCGUAGGGAGUGUAGCCGUCAUAUUGAUUAUUAUCCUGGCAUGUGUUAUUUAUCACAAAUAUAAAAAUACUGAUUCAGGUACUGAUUCCUACACAGACUCGGACAGCACAAUGGAGAAGAAGAAAGACGUAAAGUCCGAAUCUCCAACUCUGAUGGACCAAUGGCGCCAGGACUACAACAAGGAAUUUUACCGUUAUUCUGAUAACUACGAUGAACUUUAUAACUCCAAGAGUAACAACAACGCACAUGUACUCCACACAGAACCCUAUACUUUGGACCCCAGUAACAGGGAGGGCAGUAUGAUGCCCCCAGCUUAUGAUUAUGUUUCCAGACCAGGAAAUGACGAUGUACCAGGCCCUGCAGAUAGGUAUGAAUCCAAUUACAAUCGAACAUAUGUGCCAAGGAGUUUUAAAUCUGAAAUCACUGAUACAUAUACUAUGCCACGGCUCCCUCCAGCAGAUUUAUCAAACACCAAUUCCUUCUUCAUAUUCAUACCUGUCCUUACCGCAUGCACUGGGGCUCUCUUUUUUUGGCACAGCAUCAUUGUCACCUUCAAUUUCUUUAACAGUGUUAAUUCCUGCAGGAAAUUCCUCUUAAACUUUUAUUUCUAUAUUUGUCUCCACCAUAUUCGCAUUUUCUCCAUGUUCCUCCCCUCCUAG